AAUGAUACACGUGAAAAAGGAAACAGAGAACAACCAUUGAGACACUAGAGGACGUGAAAGGAGGGUAAGCGACAUCCAUCCAUAUAUAUAUCCAUCAUUGUAAGACUCUCGCUAAACACACUCACACUUCAUCACCCACAUCUCAAUCUCUCUAUCUCUUUCAACACCACACACUCAGACACACUUUCUUCCUACCAUGGCCUCCCAACCCACCUGGGCUGAACUUCUGGGCCACAACGACUGGGCCGGCCUUCUCGACCCCCUCCACCCCUCCCUCCGCAACCUCAUCCUCCGUUGCGGCGACUUCAUCCAGGCCACCUACGACGCCUUCAACAACGACAAGAACUCACCGUUCUGCGGCGCCAGCCGCUACGGCAAGACCUCCUUCUUCCGAAAGGUUAUGCUCGACGACGCCGACCACUACAACGUCACAGCGUUCCUCUACGGCACCGCCAGAGUCUCCGUUCCCGAGGCCUUCCUCCUCCACUCGCUCUCACGCGAGGCCUGGGAUCGCGAGUCCAACUGGAUCGGGUAUGUCGCCGUCACGUCGGACAGCCGCUCGAAGGAGCUCGGGCGGAGAGAGAUCUACGUGGUGUGGCGCGGCACCACGAGAGACAUGGAGUGGAUCAACGUCUUCGGCGCCGGCCAAGAGUCCGCUUCCGCACUGCUCAACGCGGAAAGCGUCAAAGAAUUGAAGGCAAGAAACAAGGACGGAAACAGCAGUAGUGACGAUGAAGAUGAUUCAGAAAUACCAAAGGUGAUGUUAGGCUGGCUCACAAUCUAUACCUCAGACGAUCCAAAAUCUCCUUUCACGAAAACCAGCGCGAGAACACAAGUUCUUUCUCACGUGAAAUCCCUGGUAGAACGAUACAAAUCUGAGAAUCCGAGUGUGUUGAUCAUGGGACACAGUCUAGGCGCAAGCCUAUCGAUAGUGAGUGGGUUUGACUUGGUGGAAAACGGGGUAACGGAUGUCCCGGUCACCGCAGUGGUGUUUGGGUCUCCCCAGGUUGGAAACAAGGCGUUCAAUAACCGGUUCAAGAAGAAGGGAAACCUGAAGGUUCUGCACGUGACGAACGUGAUCGAUUUGAUCCCGCACUACCCGGGGAGAUUGUUGGGGUACGAGCACACGGGAGUGGAGUUGGUGAUCGACACGCGGAAGUCGCCGAGCUUGAAGGAGUCGAAGAACCCAAGCGACUGGCACAACUUGCAAGCGAUGCUGCACGUGGUGGCAGGGUGGAACGGGGCGCGUGGGGAAUUUGAGUUGAACGUGAAGAGGAGUUUGGCUCUGGUGAAUAAAUCGUCUUCGUUUCUGAAGGAUGAGAUUGGCGUGCCUGGGUCCUGGUGGGUGGAGAAGAACAAGGGAAUGGUGAAGAGGGAAGAUGGCGAAUGGGUUUCAAAUGCACCAGAUGAGGAGGACGUGCCUGUGCCUGAACAAAUCUAAGCCUAUUAUGGUAGGUUUCAUUUUCUCAUCUUCCUUUCCUCUUUCUAUUUCUAUUUCAGGUAGGAUAACUCUAAUUUCAUUUUUUAUUAUAUUCUCCCUUUCUUUCUCAA